AUGUCGUCCAACGUAUCUGCUGAUCUCAUCUGGGAGGUUGUUCGCAACCAGAACAAGUACCUCGUCAAGAGGAAGACCAACGGCUCUCCUCAGUUCUCCCGCGACCCCUUAACCUCACGAACCUCCACGCGCGCAAGACUCGGGAACUUACUAACAAUGGGCUUUGCAAUGAUAGCCAUCGGUGUCAGCGGCAGCGGCAAGCGUGGCGUAACCAUCGUCAGCAAGAACUCCAAGAACUCCAGCAAGCCCUCCACCUCCUACACUUCCACCGCCGUCGGUGAUGCUAGGUCCAACCGAAAGGCUUACAAGUCCGCCGCCGCUCUCUCUUCCAAGAGGGGUUACCGUGUCGAUCUCCGCGAGGCUGCCGUCCAGCGCGUGAGCGCUGUCCGACGAUCCCAGCUUCCCGUCAAGGCCGACCCGGAGCAGAAGCUUAGGGAAAGAAGGCGCAGCAGGCCCAGUCUGCGUAAGGCCUCAGCUGACCAGAACGGCAAGCUGCUGGCUCUUGGGAUAUUCGUAAACCUCGCCAUCGAGAUGCUCUUUCUGGGCUCUAGUUAUGACCACAUAGGCUGGCUAGCAGACAAAGUUCUGAAGAUUUUCCAAUUUGAGGCAUUCGCAUGCUCUAUUGAAAAGAUCCGGCGCUUCAUCGGUUAA